AUGGCUGCUGGAGGUUUGUGCUCUCUAGGGCAAACUGUGUCUGGUAAAGGAAAAUUUGUGGCAUCUAAAACUGCCAAUGCUUCCCAUUCUGAGAAGCAUGAUGUUGUAAACGAUGUGAUUGACCUAGAGGAUGAUAGGUCUGAUGAGCAAGAGGAUAGCUUACUUCAUCACUUAAAGCCAAGUGUGGCUAAGCGUAUGAAGACUCGAAAAGGAAGAUUUGUGGCUGAAGUGAUGUCAGUUAAAACAGCUAAGAAGACUGCUGGUGUUGGUGCUUCCAAAUUUUGGAGCAAGGUAGAAGUGAAGAAGAGGAAGGUUAGAGAAGUCUCUGAGUCUGAAGAAGAUGUUGAGGAAGAUGUCUCUGACAUCUCUCUUGUGAAGAAGACCACUGUGAGGAAGUCCCCUGUGAAAGUUGUUGUUGUGCAUUUGGAUAAUAUCUCUUUCCAUCUUGAAGAUGGAGCUUCCAAAUGGAAAUUUGUGAGUCAAAGAAGGGUGGAUGUGGAAAGGGAAUUAGGAAAGGAUGCUGUUGAAGUCAAGGAGGUCAUGGACCAAAUAAAGACUGUUGGGUUAAUGAAGACUGUGGUUGGGUUCUCUCAAUGCUAUGAGGGUUUGGUUAAGGAAUUCAUUGUCAACAUUCCUGAGGAUAUUGCUGAUAAGAACAACAAGGAAUUUUGCAAAGUAUUUAUGAGAGGAGCUGCAAAUUGGGUGCCUACCAACCACAUUUACACAAUUGCUAAUACCUUUGGAAGAUUUAUUUUUGCUAUUGGAACCAAAAUGAAUUUUGACUAUGCUAGAUUUAUGUUUGAACAAGUUAUCAAGCAUGCAUCUAAUAAUGCAGUUAAGCUACCUAUUGCCUUUCCCUCUAUGAUUUGUGGGAUUAUCCUGAGUCAACACCCUGGGAUUCUGAGUUCUAAUGACUUACCAAGUAGAAGAAAACCUGCUCUAUUAGUGCACUAUAAACUGUUUGAAGGCAGUCAUGUCGAAGACAUUGUUAUGACGUCUAUUAUGAAAAAGCCAGCCUCAAAAUUUAGAACUAUUGCUGAGCUGAAGGAGACUUUUGUUAUUCAGCUUGAUGAGUAUUUACCUCUUUUUGCUAAAUGUGACAAGUUUCACAAUCAAACCAUGAAGAUUCUUUUGUUUGAAUCUAACUUCUUAAAAGCGUCUAUGAAUUCUCUAUGUAUAUUUCCAAAAGCUUUUUUUAAUUGA